AUGGAUAAUACUAGCGUAAAUCAUAUUGAUAACAAUGGAAACGGCGAAGUUAAACAUGGAUACGGAUACGUUUGGAAUUUGAAUUCCGGUGAUGAAGAAGAUGAUCAAAGGUUGUCGAGUGGUGUUGAUAAUAUAAUUUCUUCACAACAAGAAAUUGAUUAUGAUAUAGUCGAGAGUUCAAAAGGAAUAAAGUUUUUUACCCCAAAGGUUGAUGACGUGCUCAAGCCAAAGACCAACACACAAUAUGCAUCGAUGAAUGAGGUUGAAAAGAUGUACAGGACUUAUGCGGACAAUGCCGACUUUGAUAAUAGACAGAUGAAGUAUACAGACUUCAAAACUGUACUAAACAACUCGAGUUACAAAGUUGGUGCGAGAAGGGCUCACCGUAUUCAAACCGCAUUGAACGGGGGAUUCGAACAUACGCGAGUCUCCGAAAUCAACUUCAAGAAUUUUAAGAGGGAUGCUGUUGCUUGCGUUGGUAAUAAAGACGCGAAGAUGUUGAUCAAUAAAUUAUCAAAUAGACUGGAUAUUGUCCCCGGUUUCUUUUUCGAAUACAAGUGUAAUGAACAAGAAUUGAGCGCAAUUUUCUGGGCAGAUGAAGUUGCUAGAAUUAACUACAAAGAAUUCGGUGACGUCAUAUCGUUUGACGGGACUUUUCGCACUAACAAGCAUGCAAUGAUCUUCGUUCCCUUCCUGGCUGUUGACAACCAUAAGGCGUCCGUUGUUGUCGGAUCCGCUCUAAUAAGCGACCAAUGUUCGGCGAUGAAGCAGGCUAUCCCGAUGGUUUUCACGGAAGCCAAGCAUAGACUCUGUAUGUGGCACAUUAUGAAGAAGGUGCUUUCAAAGGUUAGUGCCACACUAAAUCACGAUCCUAACUUCAAUAAAGUUAUCAACAAGCUCGUAUGGAACAUACAUAUUGGGCCAAUGGAGUUCGAGACUCGUUGGCAUGAGAUGAUUCAUCAAUUCAAUCUAGGUGGGGAUACUUGGUUCACAAAGAUGUAUGAAAUCCGACACUCAUGGAUCCCUGCCUAUUAUAAGGAUACGCCGAUGUCUGGACUAAUGAAAACAACAUCAAGAUCUGAGAGUUCGAAUUCGUAUAUUAACAUAUACGAAUCAUACUGGUUUGAUUUGGUUCAAUUUCUUAAUAAUUACGACGUAGCUAUAGAGAAACAAAGAUACAAACAAUCUAUCCACGAAAAUGUCACGAGAACGACUAAUCCAAAGUUUGCUACUCUGUUGCGUUUAGAAAGUCAUGCAUCAAGCAUAUACAGUCGAAAUGUGUUUUUUGACAUCCAAAAGGAAAUAAAGAAGGUGUGCCGUAAUUACUCAACAAACACAGUUGAAUGCGAUUGCAACCUAUUCACGCAUAACGAGUAUCUUUGUCGUCACGCGUUCAAGGUACUGAUAAACGACGAAGUUGAAUCCAUUCUGGAAAAAUACGUAUUACGUCGUUGGAAACGACAGUUAGUUCCAGUGCAGAUACAAUCCGCAAGAGUGCGUUAUGGUGAGCUUGAUGCCGAAAAAGAGGAGUGUAUAAUUGAUGUAUAUUCCAAAGUCGACGACAUAGUAAGCAUCGCACGUAAUGAUAAAUCUAUAUUAGCUAGACUGGGGCGUAACCUCGAUAUAUUCAUGGGUGAUAUAGAGAAGGAAGUUCCAUACGAAAACCCAUCACAACAAAAGCUGGAUGCAAUUAGAGAUCAUCUAGGUGUCUCCAUACCUGAUGAGGUGGACAUCCUACCACCGUCUGGAAUAAGGAACAAGGGUUGUGGCACUGGCAAGAGGCUGGAUCGUUUCCGUUGCUUAGUUGUUGCUGUCUGA